AAGCGACCAGACCGUUUGAACGCCGCGCACUAAGGCGCAGCCCGAGCUCAUAACCAUUCGUUUCGCAUUCAUUGUGCAAUCAAUAUCCCUGUCUAGCCCCAAGAAUGGAAAUGAGAAGGCAAAGAGAGUCGAAAGUCCUUUUUUGCCGUCGACUCGGCCAGGAGACUGGCCUAUUUCCUGUCGGCCUUUCUUCUCCCACCUUUUGUCUCUGUGUCCUACGUAGGCAAAAGAAGAGAUUCUUCGUACUCCAAAAUGCAGGAAGAGAUAGAAAUGAAGAGCGAAAGCCUUGUGCGAUCAGGACUAGUAGGAAGUGGAAAUGGGGGCUAUGAGAGCGCUACAAUGCGCCAGAAACAACAAUUGGAGCGAUAUCUUAACUUCUUCUCCUCCGUCGCCUUUUCCGCCUGUCUACUUGCGACAUGGGAAUCUGCUGGUGGCAGUUUGCAAUCAGGGUUGUACAACGGCGGCCCUGCAGCGAUUGUCUAUGGGAUCAUCUUGAGUACCCUCGGAAAUCUGGCUAUCGCAUGCUCUCUGGCAGAGCUUGCGUCUCUGCACCCCACUGCCGGUGCUCAAUAUCACUGGAGUUACUUCCUUGCGCCUCGCGGUCGCCGAUUUAUUAGUUUCUUCCAAGGUUGGGUCACCGUCUUCUCAUGGUCCGCUCUUGUCUGCAUCGCUCCGUAUUUUAUCGGAACCCAAAUCCAGGGCCUGGUGGUGCUGGCGCAUCCUGACUAUGAACUGGUCCGAUGGCGCGGGACGCUGCUCAUGUGGGCCGUUGCGAUCAUCCCGAUUAUUAUCAAUAUCUUCGGGCGUCGCGUCCUGGGAGGAAUUGAAGUCGCUGCGGGUAUCAUGCACGUUGUCUUCUUGCCCGUCACCAUUGCAGUCUUCGUGAUUCUCGCUCCGCGAAACCCGGACUCGUUUGUAUGGGACACCUUUGUCGGCGGCCUAAGUGGUUGGAAAGACUCGGGUGCUGUAUUCUCCAUCGGUCUUCUUGGUGUCAUUACUCCCUUAGCCGGCGUCGAUGGUGUAAUCCACAUGGCCGAAGAAGUCAAAAACGCCAAGGUUGUCGUCCCUCGCUCUAUGAUCUAUGGCACCAUGAUCAAUGGAACCCUUGCCUUCGCCUACCUUAUCGCCAUCCUCUACUGCAUGGGCGACUACACUGAAGCCGUCCUCAGCCCCACGGGCUACCCCAUCAUCACAAUCGCCUACCAAGCCACCGGCUCUAAAGCAGCAACGUACGUGCUGAUGGCGAUGGGCAUGCUCCCCGGCUGGAUCGCCCUCUUCAACGGUCUCGCCUCCGUAACCCGCCUGACCUGGGCAUUCGCGCGCGAUAACGGUCUCCCCUUCUCCAACUUCUUCGCGCGCGUCGACCCAACCUACAAGAUCCCCCUCCGUGCUCUCUUCCUCGUCGCCUCAUGUAUCUUCGCUCUCUCCUUCAUCCAAAUCGGCUCCACCGCGGCAUUCAAUGCUAUCCUCUCUCUCAGCACACUGGGCCUCUACAUCUCCUACCUUAUCCCCCUCGUCCUACUCGUGUUCAAGCGGCUCACCGCGCCACAAGAUAUCCCCCAAGGCACCUUUACACUGGGCAAGUGGGGUCUCCCCAUGAAUCUGCUGGCCAUUCUGUUCGCUACAUAUUUUGCGAUCUUCUUACCGUUUCCGGCCACAUUGCCGGUGACAGCGGAAAAUAUGAAUUAUGCGGGGCCGGUGCUGGGCUUUGUGAUGUUGUUUGCUUGUGGGGAUUGGAUUGUAAGGGGACGGCAUAAGUGGGAGGGACCGACUAUGCGGCCUUAUGCGAGAGAUGAGUAGAUUAUGGGCAUGGAGAGUUGAUGUGGAAAAGUGGGUAGGAGGAUUGAGAUACUGUAUAUAAUAUUGUUGGAGGCUUUCAUUGCCUCAGGGAGGAGGAGCACGGAGACCAACCAGGGCAGGAGGGCGAAAAAUGAAUUUAUCCCGUCAGUAGCUAGUACACUGUGUGAUAGGCGCCUGCUAUGUAAGUCGAUUCGUA